AGGCAGAAAAGCGCAUGCUCAAUCCGGCGUGUGAUUGUUGCCGAUCGCUGGAGAGUGGUUGGGGUCGAGUCAGCCUCACUUUUUUUUUUUUUUUUUUUUUUUGACUGGGAAGGCAGAGCUGAAUUUUCAGUACUGCUUACUGAAUACAAUAUCGCUGGAUUAAACAAUUUAUAUAUACAAUUUGCCGCACAGAGCGCAGUAAGCAUGUCUGGAAAUAAAGCCAAAAAAGUAAAAAUGGCCACCAAAUCGUGUCCAGAGUGUGAUCAACAGAUUCCUGUAGCGUGUAAAGGGUGUCCCUGUGGCUAUGUGUUCAUUAGCCGGAAACUUCUAAAUGCCAAGCAAGCAGAGAAAUCGUCAUCAAUAGAUAACAAAUCUGAUGCAAAGAGGAGAAGAACAGAAAGAAUACGCAGAGGAAAGAUUAACUCAACUGCAACCAAAGAUUUAGAAAACAGGAAACGCUCCAGGACAAACAGCCAUUCCGAGCACAUUCGCAGAGGGAGAGGGAGACCUAAAAGUGUGUCAAGCAAGAAGCACGAGGAAGAGAAAGAAAAACAAGACAAAGAAAUCGACAUAUAUGCCAGUCUUUCAGAUGAGAAGGCUUUUGUCUUCUCUGUGGCUCUGGCAGAAAUCAACAGAAAAAUCCUCAAUCAAAGGCUGAUUUUACAACCACCAGACUGUUAACCGAGUCAAAUGAAAUGACCAAACUCAGGACCUGCCCUGCAGAAACUCAUGAAUGACCUUGGUGGACCUUUAUGUAGAAUUGCGACCCGGAAGUACUGUACUGCAUGAAGGCGUUGCACUGCCAGUUAAUCAGACCUGCUGGCUUUCCAGGGACACUGGUGAUGAGGAGGACUUUAUAAGCACCUGGAUGCAUAGGACUUAUAUUUAAUAUUUCCUACCUGGUAAAUGUUGAUGGAAUAUAGCAGUCAAAUAUUUACUUCUUAAUCAUAUUUUAAAAUAUAUUGUUGUACAUACAUUAUGCCAAAAUAUUAAGACACUUAUUUUUGUUUUCUUUCUCGUAAAGUACAGAAAACGUUCUCUUUUUAGAGACAUGGUGUUGUGCACUUGGAAAGACAGAUUAGUAAUUCAGUUAUAUGUCUUGUAUGUGAAAAGGUUUAAUCAUUCAUAAAAAUAAAUGUAUGUCAUUGAAACCUUGUUGCACCUUAGAUAAAAAAAAUAUGGCAACAUAUGCCACUUAUUUAUUUACAUACACCUCCUUUGUAUUUUAAAAUGUACUUCACUCAAUACCCAUUUAAUUACCUGCUCUGUACUGCAAUAAAUAAUUAAAUGUAAUAACGUGGCCAACUGUAUUUCUCCAAAGACAAUCAAGCAUGAUUUUUCAGAUUGGGCAUCCUUUUCCUGUCUAACUGUUUUGCUACACACUUGUAGCAAUAUGCAGGGGUGUCAAUACUGGUGUUGUGUCUAAAUGGUCUAAAUGCUAAUACAGAACAAGGCUCACCAAGAUAAAUUCUGUCGCUCACCACUAUAAAUGGGGUAAAAACACUUGGAAAUUUAGACCAUGGCCUCCAAUGCUAUAUCCCCACACACUGCGCUUUGGGCUUAUUUGGGUUUCUCUCAUGCAGUUUAAAUAGAACUAGUGGACCACAUGAUGCGUAACUUCAUAUAUUGCAGGGUAUGUUAAUUUUACUUGUGUUCAUUCUUCUUUUUUUUUUUAAGAACAGACAAUGUAGCUGAUUUCAAGGAUUCAAUUCCAUUAAAGGACAAUGCGCUCUGAUUCUCAAAUUAACAGCAAAUUCAAGUAAAACUCUAGCAUGUUGUAUGAUGUCACGUUGUUUAUUCGUUGCUAAACUGCUUGGUUUCAUUUGCAUGGAGUCCCAGCAAUAUUUUGUAACUGUAUUCUACCUAUGAGUUUUUUUUUUUUUUUUUUUUAAAGCUGUAGAGUUGCAGUUCUUUUCCUUCAGUUGCUAUAGCUGUAACUGAAUUACAAAUAAAACCCUCUGUUUUAUAACAGUUUUUUUUCACCUGCCUAUGAUAAUGACCCCAGCACUGGUAAGAGGUGACAAGCAGCAGCCAGCCAUCUGCUCAUUAGUGCGAUCCCUGGAGAAUGAAGAUGGAAAGACAGUAGGAAAAUUAAGUGCACCUGGUUUCUAUCCUGAGGCCCAGUUGUUUUUUGCUGGUAAAAUAACAUGCCAUUAUCGAUUCAUGGUAUACAGUAAUAAUUGCAUGUUUAAAUGUUAAUGUUUCUAUACAAACUACUGUGUGUUCUCAUGCAAAUGACUUGUAUUGUAAUCUAAAUAAUGGACAAAGUAUACAGGUUUGGGGAUUUCUGUAGUUUCUCUUUUAUAUUUACUCAAUGUAGAUUCCACUUAAGCAGUUUGUCAGUCAUUCUUGCUCUCUUGGUUUUAGUUUUUAGUCACACAUGUUUUCACAGGUUAGUUUCAAGAGUUGGUUGUAAAGGGAAAUUUGUAGCACAGUAAAAUUAGAAUGUGACCAAAACUGCUCGAGCUGUGUCUUCUCAGCCAAAUACUGUGCUUGUUCAGCAGUGGUAUUUAUAACAGCAUCUCAAAAGUAAGAUGUUUUCUUGAUUUUUAGUAAUAAUGUACUAUUUGUAUGAAUCUGACCAAAACUGAUCUGUACAAAUAGAUGCAAAAGGAUUGCUACUAUCCUGAUGGUCCACCCUGCUCACUAAGAAGGUGUUAUAUUACAUUUGUUUUUGUAAUAACAUCUUUGCUAGUUUUACUUAAUAAGUGAUUUGUAAGGGAAACAAUUAGCGUUUUGUAACACCAGGUCUGUGGCAUUAAAAUAUACCAUUUAUGUAAAGUGUGUUUUGAGCAAGGCACUCCAAAACUGCAUUGGUCUUCCCAGCUGUUAAAAUAUUCACUAUCCCUGUAGAUCCCAUCCUGAAUAAUUUAUUUCUGUGUAAUUCAGAAGGUUUUUUAGUUUAUUUAUUUAUUUAUUUAUUUAUUUAUUUAUUAUUUUACAAUGUAUCUCCAUUAUUUUAAAUUUACACCAGUAUCACUAGAACAUUUACAUAAACAAACUUUAGAGCUAGAAACUCGCACUAGUCCUGCACCCAGUCCUUGGUUUCAGAAUAUUAUUUAAAUUACAAGGUGCCCAGAGCUUGAUCAGUCAGGCCCUGCUAAAUAUGCUUUUGAACUGAUCACACUUUUCACAGCAUGAAUAAGUCACACUUGAGUCUGUAGUUUACUAUGGUAAUAAGAUAUAAUCCUGGUUCCUGUUAUUUCUGAAACCCAGUUUCAAGCCCUGCUUUAAAUGUUAUUUCUGUGAUACUUCAAUUGGAAUUAAUCGACAUCAACAUAAACAUUUUAAUUUAAAUGUGUUACCGGUGUUUAUUCUUCAAUGUAUUUGACAUGUGUAGGCUGUUGCGUCUUAUUAAGUACAAGCUCGCUACAGGUAAUUUUAUAAGUACUGUGCAUUUCAGAAAGGCAAGUAAUUUAAGCACACAGAUUGUAUAUUUAAGCUUUGGUUUGAAUUUCAAAGGAAAUCGCAGCUCUUCAUGUGAAUGUAAUCGGUCAAAGACAGAUGGUUAUUAUUAGUUAUUCUGUUUCUUGCAGCAAGGUCAGUUGCAAUUCUCUUUUACAACAAGUAAAUAGCCAAGAGCAUAAGGAAUAAUUAGGCUUUGAAAGUAAAGUUGAAGAGCAUUACAUAUGCUUAACUAGCUUAAAGGAGAUGGUUUUAGAGACAGUGAAAGCAGUGCAGUGUGUUUUAAGCCUGUCUAAGCAGGAAGCCCUUUUAAAUUAUAAAGGCUGGUCACUGCUGGUUACAGUUAUCUCAAAGCACAAUGUUGUAAAAAUGGCUUAUUAGGGAAUCGUAAAAUACACUAUUACAAUAUUAAUGGUACUUGCUGCUGUCUAAUUAUAAUAUUCACUGUUUAGGUUUAGAUAGGAUGUGCAUAGUAACGCAUUUUGAAGCAUUAACCAAAAAAAAAAUACAAAUGUUGUCCACCAGCUGCUAAAAAUUCAAAGGCACAAUUAUCAACCAUUUGACACCUUUUAAUCUAUCGAUACAAUGCAUUUGAGCUUUUUGUGUGUAAGUGCUGUAUAAUUGAAAAGCAUAGCUGAGUUUCACAAACAAGGCAAAUACAGCUGCAGUCUUGCAGGACACAGUCUUGUGUUCUUCUAUGAUAUAACUGGAUCAGUGUUUUAAUAAAAUAAGAAAGUUGUGGUAACAUAUUCAAAUCUAUUACUUUUUAACAGGAUUCGCUCUGUCAGGGGUGACUGUUUGCUGCUUACGUAGGCUCAAUAUUUUCCACUCCUCUUUGGCAGUCGCAGCUACACAGAUUGAAAAUGGAAAUUAAGAGGUCAUGCUCCGAGUAGAAUGGGAAG